ACGGGGCAGGCGGGCGGGCGCCGGAGACCCCGCCGGGGCUGAGCCUUGGCAAGCGGGCGGUGAGGGCCCCGCUGCGGCUCCUCGCCAUGUCCUCGGCCAGCGACGCCAGUGGCCACUUCCCUUUGCACCUCCUGGUCUGGAACAAUGACUACCAGCAGCUGGAGAAGGAGCUGCGGGGCCAGAAUGUAGAGGCUCUGGAUCCACGAGGUCGAACCUUAUUGCAUCUUGCUGUGUCUUUGGGACAUUUGGAAUCUGCUAGAGUCUUGCUCCGGCAUAAAGCAGAUGUUACAAAAGAAAACCGCGAUGGAUGGACAGUUUUACAUGAGGCUGUGAGCACCGGCGACCCCGAAAUGGUAUACGUAGUUCUUCAACAUCGAGACUACCACAACACAUCCAUGGCCCUUGAAGGAGUCCCUGAGCUGCUCCAAAAAAUUCUCGAGACUCCAGAUUUCUAUGUGCAGAUGAAAUGGGAAUUCACCAGCUGGGUGCCCUUGGUUUCCAGAAUAUGCCCGAAUGAUGUCUGUCGCAUUUGGAAAAGUGGUGCCAAACUGCGUGUUGAUAUUACGUUGCUGGGAUUUGAGAACAUGAGCUGGAUAAGAGGGAGGCGUAGUUUUAUAUUUAAGGGAGAAGACAACUGGGCGGAGCUGAUGGAAGUCAACCAUGAUGAUAAAGUGGUCACCACUGAACACUUUGAUCUUUCCCAGGAAAUGGAACGCCUCACUCUGGACUUGAUGAAGCCAACAGGCAGGGAGAUUGAGAGGCGGCUCACAAGCCCAGUCAUUAACACCAGCCUUGAUACUAAAAGUAUUGCUUUUGAAAGAACUAAAUCCGGAUUCUGGGGCUGGAGGACAGAUAAAGCAGAAGUUGUUAAUGGUUACGAAGCAAAGGUUUACACAGUAAACAAUGUGAGUGUGAUAACCAAAAUCCGGACAGAACAUCUAACCGAGGAAGAAAAAAGGAGAUAUAAAGCGGACAGGAACCCACUGGAAUCUCUGCUGGGAACUGUGGAACACCAGUUUGGUGCUCAAAGGGACCCCACCACAGAAUGUGCCACCGCAAACAACCCCACAGCCAUCACUCCUGAUGAAUACUUCAAUGAAGAGUUUGAUCUGAGAGACAGGGACAUCGGGAGGCCAAAAGAGCUGACGAUUAGAACACAAAAGUUUAAAGCAACGCUGUGGAUGUGUGAAGAAUUUCCUCUCUCUCUUGUGGAGCAGGUCAUCCCCAUCAUUGACCUGAUGGCCAGAACUAGCACUCAUUUUGCAAGACUGAGAGACUUCAUCAAGCUAGAAUUCCCACCUGGAUUUCCUGUUAAAAUAGAAAUUCCCUUGUUUCAUGUCUUAAAUGCACGGAUUACAUUUGGAAAUGUUAAUGGCUGUAGCACUGCUGAAGAAACUGUAUCUCAAAAUGUGGAAGGGACCCAGGCCGAUUCAGGUAAAGAUUCUGCUACCCCGGUCACAGACUUUGAGGUUGAUCAGUCUGUGUUUGAAAUUCCUGAAUCUUACCACAUUCAGGACAAUGGCAGAGACGUGCAUUUGCAGGAUGAAGAUUAUGAGAUAAUGCAGUUUGCCAUCCAGCAGAGCUUACUGGAAUCCAGCAGGAGCCAGGAACCAGCUUCGAAUGGAGGGAUCAGCGAGACACAUGCCUAUGACUCCCAGUAUGAGAGGGCCAUCCAGGAAAGCCUCCUUACCAGCUCGGAAAGCCUGUGCCCUGGUGCCUCAAGUGAGACAAGCCGUUUUGAUAGUGACUUGCAGCUGGCCAUGGAGCUCUCUGCUAAAGAGCUGGAGGAGCAGGAGCUGCGGCUACGGGAGGAGGAGGCGGAGCUCCAGCAAGUGUUACAGCUGUCUCUCACGGAGAAAUAGACCUUUCUGCCCACACACUGCACAAAGCAGAGGCUCUGGGCUGUAGGCGAGUGCUGUGUCACCAGGGCCUUAGGGCUGAGGGACUGUACAUUACAUGUACACAGCAGAAGGCAGCUGUCCCCUUCUUUACGCAGAGGUGCAGGACCAGGGACUCCAAGCUCCAUCCACGACACUCCCGGUGAAGGGGCUGGGGACUGGCAGGCCCCAUCUCCAGGCUAAGGGGAGGAGAGCAUCAUCACUUUCCAUUAGCUGUAUUGGCUUGCAGGUCACAUCUUUACUACCAGCUUUAGACAAAAACCCCAAUCCCUGCAGGUUUGUAGAUUAAUUUUUACCAAGGAGUGAUAACCAAACAAGUUAUUGCAGAGUCAGGGUGCUUUUAUAUGUGAGAACAGCAGCCUUUGUAGAGUGUGGUUUAUGAAAAUUUAUGAGAUACUUCUUUACACUUCACCAAAGAAACGGAUAAUCUAUGCCGAUCUACUCUUUUAUUUUUACAGGGUUUCUAGGAUACUGUCACUAUUCCUCCUCCAUCUCCACCAUAUUCUAUUCCUUUCACCCUCAGCUAAAAUUAAAGAGGAGAUACGUAAAGGAUCUAUUUUAGAUUAGGGUUAACUAUUUGCAUCAAAUUAAGAUGUACUAAUAACCACAGAUGUUGCCUUAGCCUUAAAAAUUACUAAUAGUUUCAAACCACCUCACUCCACUUGUUGAGAGAUCUGAUUUGAAUUUGUAAAGGCAGUUCUUUUGAGAGCAGGAUCCUCCAGGUGAAAUCCAAGGCAGCUAAUCCUGGCCCUGAAGAAACAGGGAGGAGAACCUGAGCUUUGUUCUUGAAGUGGGCAGGCUGUCCAAAAUACCAGAACAGCAUAGAACCAAACUAAGUGUGUGUGUUCCAGGCUGCCUCUAGUACAGGACGUCCACGUAGAGGCCUAGGAAGACCCACUACAUGCUCUCGGCUCACUGGAGAGGAAGGGGUGGAAGUUAAAAAGGGAACUACAAACAGAACUCAAUGGCCCUGAAUUCAGAAGGGAAAACGAUGAUUCCACAUUGCUUUUUAGAGUUCAAAUCAACAUCUUUCUGGAUAAAUAUAUUUUUUAACAGAAUCUUUUUAUUAUUUUUAAAAGAUAUAAAGAAUGACUACUCCCAUCAGUAGCAAUACAAGGUUAUACAUUUUAACCAGAUUUUCUCAGGCCUUUUUUGGAUACCUUUAGUAGUUAACUAUUUUGUCUAACACUUGUGUAAAUAACCAUCGCACAACAUACAGAACCCUAGGGAAUACACCUGAGGGCACCCUCACUCCGGCCUUGUAUUCAUUCCCACAGGCUGCACUGAAAUGACCUGGUAAACAAUAUCCGCCUGUUUUGCCUCAGUUUACUAUCUGUUGAGCUUCUUUCGGGAUGGGAAGAGAAACUACUGUUCCAGUUGAACUCUGUAUCAUACAGUUGGCAUUACCAGUAAAAUGUUCCCAGUCACAAAGAAUUGUGCUUUUGAGUCCACAUAACCAUCUGCCUUUUUUGUCAUAGUCUAACCAAAAUUCCUUCUCCGCACACGAGGCCAGUAUAUUCAGCAUCACAUUUUCAAAUACACACCUUGGCAAUUUGUUUAGUAUUUACCUUGAGUGAAGACACUUAUUGGAAAUGGCUGCAAUCCGGCCACAUCAUUUACUAAGGUGAAUCAUAGGUAAUCUUUAUGUUUGCAUUGUGCUGCUUGCUGAUGUCUCUGACUUUAUCCCAGGAAGUCAGUUAAAAAGGGACCGAGCUUUUUGUCUAUCUGUUUGCAGCAUUUUUCAUGUGUUCACUCUUAAAAUGCAAAUAAAGACUGCUUCCUUAGAGGGUGCUCAUACAAUACCUA